CUUUCUCCCGAUCUCCACCCAUCCUAGAACGUCCAGAAAUCCUAGCGUCGUCCAGCGGGUGCGGCGGUUGCCCAGCGUGCCGCGCGGUGCCGGCGACGAGGAGUCGUCGUCCUCGAUCUCGCCCUCCUCCCUCUCCUCCGGGCCCGCCGACGCGGGCCGCGUCUCCGUGUCCUCGGCCAUGCCCGCUCGCCGCCGCACGCCCCGUCGGAUGCCCGACACCCGCGCGACCCCGCCCGCUCGCCCGGCCACACGCCCCGCCGGCUGCCCGACACCCGCGCGACCCCACCCGCUCGCCCGGCCGCUCGGUCCUACCGCCCGCUGUCAGAGGCAGUUGCCCUCGCCCGCUGCCGGAGACCCCGGCCCACGGCCGCCGCCCCUCGUCCACUGCGGGAUACUCGCGAGCGCGCCGCCCGCUCGCCUCGUCCACUGCGUCACAGGGUGACAUCCCUCGGCAGCGCCCCGCCCCCCGUGCUGCCCACCGCGAACCCCGGCCAGUGCGCCCUCCCUUGGCGGCGCCUAGUUUGGGUGAAGUCGAGCCAGCGGGCGUCCCCUGGCUCCCCUCCCUCGGGCGGCCAUGGAGGAGCCAUGCACUGCUAAUAUGUCGGAUGAUGAAGACGAUGGGUGAUCGUGAUGGUGACACCCAGAGCUAGAAGGCCACGAGGAGUUCAAUAUGAGAUGUGUGGGACUUGAUAAAGCUUGGAGAUUAGCUUAGUGCAAGGGAUGAUGUCGAUCCCUCUAGGAUAGGGAUUGCUGGUGAAUCACUCGGAGGUAUUAUAGAUCAUGAUUGCAUCAUGAUACUGAAUUAAUACAUAGACUUCACUUUUAGAAAACUUAUCCUUUUUAUUUGGAGCUGAAUACAUGAAUGCAUGCAUUGUUUGCUGCUUUUUGUGGAUACACGGUACAGUGUUGUUGUUCCAAUAAUUGGUGUUCAGGGAUUUCAAUGGGCAAUAGAUAAUGACAUGUGGCAAGCUAGAGUUGAUAGCAUUAAGCCUUUAUUUGAAGAAGCAAGAAUUUAUUCAGGGAAGAGUGAAAUAGAUGCAGAGGUUGUGAAAAAGGUUUGGGACAAGAUAGCACCUGCUAUGGCUUCACAGUUUGAUGCUCCCUACUCAGUUCCUCCGAUUGCACCACGUCCACUCCUCCUAAAUGGUGCUGACGACCCUCGUUGCCCAGUCCUUGGUCUACAAGAACGUGCCUCAAAAGUUGCUGAGGCUUAUGCAGAAGCUGGUUCUGCGGAUAAGUUCAAGGAUCCAAAGAACUAGCUCGACUGGACUCUAGAUCACGGACAAUCUAGUCUUGGCACUUAAUUAGGAUGGCUAAAUUACAUUUGAGUUUCAUUUGACGGAUAUUUUCUAUGAGAAUUAUGAAUUUUAUGAAUCUACAUAUUAUACGUAUGGUUUUGAAUAUUGUAAUUGAAUGCCUGUAUUUUUUUUAGGUUGCAAUAGGCUAUUGCCACAACCCACUUUUGGUUGCCACAUGUUAGCACCACGAA